AUGUCGACGCCGUCGGGGACGCUGAACCGCCGCAGGGACCUGUGCGCGCAGGCGACGCCGCGGGAACUCCCGAUGCAUGAACACCAGUGCGGGAAGUCGGACGUGGUCCCGGGGGAGUUCGUGUUACAUUCGUGUGAGCCCAACGCGGCAUUCAACAUGGCGUUCACAGCAACGACGUUCGCCUGA